GGUUUCUUCAUCUGUGUUUUGAUUUUUUCGUCUUUUUGUCUUAAUCAAACACAUAAAUUUCUUUUACUACUUCUUCGUAGAUGACUUCUCAUGUUUCAAAACAUCCUCGUAAAUCCAUUGAAGAUAUGGUGAAGAAUCUUAAAGUGGAUCCUCUUACUAAGGUCACUGCCUCCACCACUUCCGUGGUUUCUGCAAAAGAGAAUAAGAAUCAGUCAGAGCCAUCAUAUUAUGAAACUCUUGAGACAUAUCAAGGCCUGCCUUGUCCUUAUGGUGGCUACUAUGGAUUCUACUAUCCAGGUCUUGAUGGUUCAGUUGGUGAAGUAAAGGAUAAUGGAUACUAUGGUUAUGGAACAGAAGUUCAGUACCCGGUUAUGCAAGGGGAAAAUGGAUCUUUGAUCUACUUGAUGCCAGGGUUUCAAUCUUAUGAUGCGAGUCAAACUUAUAUGCCUAUAAGCCCGGUUGGUGUUUCGAGUCAAGCACUUCAUUCGCCGAUAUAUGCAGCUCAAGGUUAUUAUCAGAACCAAUUUGGUUAUGGAGACGUUGCAUCGCCGACCUAUUUAUGGGACCCUGUUGGAGACAAGUAUGUGUAUGGUGUUGCUUCAAAUACCCCACCCUUGAAACAGAACAUAUCUUCUUCAAGUCAUAAUCACAACAAUUAUUACUCAAAGAGCAAGAACUCCUUCACGGGCCACGGCAUGGGAGAUCGUCCUAAAACACCGCGAAAAAACAGCUAUGCCCCACUCCCACUGCAUAACCAAGAAAGAGGAAGAAUUGCUUACCCGAUGGACCCGGUAAAGAAAAAGUCUGGAACUUUGAAUCGGGAUGAAACAGAGAAGGCGAAAGCGAGGAACAAAGAAAAUGGUAAUAGCGUAAAUGACUUAGCAAACAGUCAAGAUCAUAUUACCAAUGGAGAAUGUGUGUCCUGCUCGUUGGAUGCUGAAGGGAAUGAAAGGAGCAACGGUGUUGGUUCUGUGAUCAGAAGGGAUCAAUAUAACCUCCCUAGCUUUCAGACCAAAUACGACGAAGCAAUCUUUUUUGUGAUAAAAUCGUAUAGCGAAGACGACAUACACAAGAGCAUCAAGUACAAUGUCUGGUCUAGUACUCUCAAUGGGAACAAGAAGUUAGACAGUGCAUAUCAAGAAUCUCAGAAGAAGGUUGCAGACAAAAGUGGAAAGUGCCCGGUUUUCCUAUUCUUCUCGGUGAAUGCAAGUGGCCAAUUCUGCGGUGUAGCUGAGAUGAUGGGACGAGUUGAUUAUGAGAAAAGCAUGGAGUUCUGGCAACAAGAUAAGUGGACUGGCUAUUUUCCGGUCAAGUGGCACAUCAUCAAAGAUGUUCCAAAUCCGCAAUUACGACAUAUCAUACUAGAGAACAAUGAGAACAAGCCUGUUACCAAUAGCAGAGACACACAAGAGGUGAGGUUGCCACAAGGGAAUGAAGUGUUGAACAUAUUCAAGAACUAUGUAGCAAAGACAUCUAUAUUAGAUGAUUUUGAUUUUUAUGAAAACAGAGAGAAGGUUAUGGUACAGAAGAAGCUAAGGUUCCCUCCUGUAUUAAAGAAGAAAGAAGAAGACUUGGUUGCUGAUUUCAAAACAAUGGAGAUAUCUAAUACAGUCAAAGAGGGAAACACAGAGUUAACCGGGACAGUGAACUAACUAGAAGAACAUGUAGUGUUUUUUAUUUGGUUUUUUUAAGGAUUAAUAUAAACCGUCCGAUUGU